AUGAACACUUCAGGACGUCCUCUGGGUGCAGCAGAAGAGCGGUCACUGGGAAAGAUGGUGAAAGCAGGCCCCCGGAAGGCAGCGAUGGAAGCGGAUUGCGGAGGCUCUCAGCAUGCCAACGGCAGCUGCAUCAUGGCACUCACCCUGCUGCCAAGAGGGCAGACAGCCUCCAUGGAGACUACCGGCAAAGAAAACUCAUCCAGUGUGACUGUAGCAGACUCUGAGACAGGAACUCAAGCAGGCCAGACACUGGGAAGCAGCUCGAUCCUGGCCGAGCUCCUGAAUGACAUCCCCUUCACGCUGGCACCGCACGUGCUGCAAAUGCAGGCUCCCUUCAGUGACCUUCCAGACCACUUGCUCUCCUCUGAUGUCAGCGAAAACCUGUCACGGUUUUGGUAUGAUUUUACUCUGGAAAAUUCAGUGCUCUGUGAUUCAUAAUCUCUGUGUCUAUCUGCACCUUAAGAGCUUUAAGAAAAUUUUGCCUUUAUUGUUUAACCUGUGGAUGUUCUUUGCCAUUUCACUGUACAAAAGCCCUUUAGUAUCACAAAACAACCCCCCCCAAAAAAAAACAUACAUUCACUGUUCUGUCUUAUUAUUAUUUUCAAUAAAAUGCACUUGUGUAAAAAUUGAAUGAUCCUUCCUUUCCCCUCAAGGAAGGAAGAAUGGCAAUGUGGCUGCCCAGGUUUGAUGGAAAGGAAGGUUCCUUGGCGAGUCGCCCCAAACCUAACACCUCACUUUAUCUGAGAAAGACUGUGAGGGACUGCUAUUUUCCCGCAGUUAGAGGGAGCGUGAAUUCUCUUCGCUGAUUUGGAGAAGCCUUGAAUUAACGUUCCACCCACCCUCUUUCUGAGGUGUUAAGAUUGAAUUGAGAGAGUUGCCUUGAUUUCUUCAGUCUGAUAUGCACAGAUUGAUGAAUAAAUAGAGAACGCUUCUGAAAAAGCAGUUGUAGUUUGUGAAUAGGAGAUGCUGUCCGAUUUGAGUGAGAAAUGUCCUUGUCUUAAACCAGUGGCCGGCUGGCCGCUGCCCCUCCACUGAGCCUCUACCCCUGCCUGUUUUGUUCUCUGCCGUUUUGCUACUUCAGCGUGUGCGCUCUCUCCAGCUUCCCAAGGAGCUCUCUCUGCUACCUCUAGCUCACUUGGCACUUUCCCUCCAUGGCACACAUGUUCCCAGUUUACGAUGAGAUUCACAUUUCCUUUUCAACCUGUCUGCCUCCCAAAGAAAAACAUCUCAUGGUGAUACGUAUUAUUGCUGAUAUCACCCCUAUUUAGAAAUUUGUUGGCCACAAUACAGAUGGAAAUGUUUUUCUGUCAGAAACACUGCCAUCAACUCAUUUCCUAUUAGAGUGCAGGCAGGACACCCAGCUAGGAAGGACCUUAAUGCUUGAGUAUCUAUUACUUAUUCCAACCAGAACAAAAGAAAACUGCCAUGGGGCCAUAACUGCAAAGGGGAAAAGUAGAUUCUGAUCGAGAGUUUUCUAUGCUGUAGAAAAUUUAAAUAACAUUUGGCUUGAUUAAUAGCACUAUGAUAUGUAAAUGCUGUGCCAAAUUGUAAGGAUGUUUUUCACAAAAAAUAAGAGUGCCAUAACACAAUUAAACACUGCAUAAAGGUACAUGAAUUAUUCAAGUUUCAAUCUGUCAUGCAUGCUUAUUUAAAAAAUAAAUGUGGUGUGAUCUUGGUAAAAAUGCUUGAAAAAUACUUUAUUUUUUAGAAGUUAAAGGAACAUUGCUGUUUACAAAAAUAUGCUUGGUUUAUUUAAAAAAAUGUUACCCUCUGAGCUUAAUGGUUAGAUUCUUAUAGUUUUUAUAAAACAGCAGUCUAGGAAAUAUGUCUUAUUACUGAUGCAUAUGUGAACAUUUUAAAGAAGUUUUUGUAAAAGUACAUCCUUUUUAAAUAUCUGUGUUAAUAUGCCCAUGAAGUUCAAUGUAAGCAUGUGGUCAGUUUGUCUAAUAUAUGUGUUAACUUGUCUAAAAUACUUAUGCAUUUCAUUUAUAUUUAUGUCUACCAUGUUAUAAAUAUUUUUAUUUCUUCAUAUGUCUAA